UCUUUUGAUCGGAAGCAUCUUUCACCACACGAUAUGGCAUGCAACCCUUUUUCACUUUUCCCUCUCUUCGCUCUUCUUAGCACAUUACCUUCAAUUGCUUUUGCAGAAGCUGUUGCGCCUAUUCUCGACGUUGCUUCACUCAAUCGAACCACUUUUCCUCCAGGUUUCAUUUUUGGGGCAGGAUCCGCAUCCUACCAGUACGAAGGUGCAGCAAAAGAAGGUGGCAAAGGAGCAAGUAUAUGGGAUACCUUCACCCAUACAUAUCCUGAUAAGAUACUUGACAGAAGCAAUGGAGAUGUGGCAGUUGACCAAUAUCACCACUACAAGGAAGAUGUUGAAAUCAUGAAGCAUAUAAAUUUGGAUGCUUACAGAUUCUCUAUCUCUUGGUCUAGAAUCCUCCCAAAAGGAAAGCUUAGUGGAGGUGUAAAUCAAGAAGGAGUCAAAUACUACAAUAAUAUCAUCAACGAACUACUGGCUAAUGGUUUACAACCAUUUGUGACCCUUUUUCAUUGGGAUCUUCCCCAAGCUUUGGAAGAUGAGUACGGCGGCUUCUUAAGCCCUCGCAUAGUAAAUGAUUUUCAAGACUAUGCGGAACUUUGCUUCAAGGAAUUUGGAGAUAGGGUGAAGCACUGGGUUACUUUAAAUCAGCCAUAUACUUAUAGCAUGGGUGGCUAUGCAAGCGGGGUGAAAGCACCAGGUAGAUGUUCAAAAUGGCUGAAUCCAAAUUGCACUGGUGGUGAUUCAGGGAUAGAGCCUUAUUUGGUUUCACAUCACCAACUUCUUGCUCAUGCAGUAGCUGUAAAUGUGUAUAAGGGGAAGUAUCAGGCAUCUCAGAAGGGUGCAAUAGGCAUAACCCUAGUCUCUCAUUGGUUCGUACCAUAUUCGGAUAGCAAAUUGGAUCAAAAUGCCGCCGAACGAGCAAUUGACUUCAUGCUUGGAUGGUUUAUGGGGCCACUAACAACAGGAAGUUAUCCACAAAGUAUGUGUUCUCUAGUUGGUGGACGAUUGCCAAAGUUCUCUAAGCAACAAGCCAAGCUACUCAUUGGUUCAUUUGAUUUUAUUGGACUAAACUAUUACACCUCUAACUAUGCUGCCAAUGCACCCCGACAAAGCAACGCUAGACCUAAUUAUCUCACAGAUUCUUUUACCAAUUUGACAACUCAGCGCAAUGGCACUCCCAUAGGUCCAAAUGCUGCUUCAAGUUGGUUAUAUGUUUAUCCUAAAGGAAUUCUAGAACUAUUGCUCUACGUCAAGGAAAAGUACAACAACCCUUUGAUUUACAUCACUGAAAAUGGUAUCGACGAGUUCAAUGAUCCAACUUUGUCACUAGAAGAAGCCCUUCUAGAUACUUAUAGAAUUGACUAUUACUAUCGUCAUCUAUUUUAUCUUCACUCUGCGAUAAGGGAUGGAGCAAAUGUAAAAGGGUAUUUUGUAUGGUCAUUGCUGGACAAUUAUGAAUGGACUAAUGGUUACACAGUGCGGUUUGGAAUAAACUUUGUGGACUACAAAAAUGGUUUGAAGAGAAAUCAAAAGCUCUCAGCAAAAUGGUUCAAGAAUUUUCUCAAAAAAUACUAG